AUGGCCUUCCAGUCGACCAUGUCUCGCCUCGCCGCUGUGGCUUUUAUCAUCCUCUCUCUUGGCUUCCUUGUUCAGGCCUCGCCUAUUGCUGCCCCUGCGCCAGCAUCUGGGAGUGAGGUUGUAUCGCUUGAGGAACGCACCUAUAGCGCUCCUCCUACCUAUGGCAACUCCCCUACCUACGGCAACUGCUAUGGUCAAUACUGCUAUGGUGGUAAUGACGUUGUAGCGAUUCUGACCCAGCUCCAAGCUGCCAUUGAGGUUAAGCUCGGACUGUUGGACGGAUGCCUCGGCGGUGGAGAUUACGCAUCUAUUAUCGUUGAUAUCGAAGGAAUAUUGUACGCCGCCAUCGGUGCUAUUCAGGCUUGCAAGAUUGGGUUGUUUGGUUUCCUCACUGGCAAGCUCCUGAUCAUUGCCAAGAUCUGGUUUGGUAUUGUUAUUUCCAUUGCUACUCACUGUGGCAGAUGGGCUGGCAACGUUGAAUUCGAAGUCUUCCUCGGCCUCAUUGCCAAGAUCGAUAUUGCCCUCAAGGCUUGUCUCUUCGCUAUUAUCAACCUCGGAGGUUUCUUCGGCGGCUUCCUUGGCAUCUGCAUUGGCUUGUUCGCCAAGGUCCACGUUGCUCUCCUCGUCAAGGUCAAGUUUGUUAUGUGCCUUGGUGCUUUGAAGCUCGGUGGCUACUAA